UAGAAUACUGAAUAGAUUAACGGAAAAAAAUACAAUCUUUCUUAGUCGUAGUUCUAUUAAUUUUUCUUUUUAAAAUAUUUCAUUACAAAAUAAUGCCGCGUAAACCAUGUUACUGGACACGUAAAUUAGAGAUGGAAUUAGUGGACUUUGUUCGUCAAAAAGAAUUUAUUUGGAAACCGAUUGGGAAUACAAACCAUCUAAUUCAACAGAAAUACAAGGCUUACGCUGAAUUUGCAGCGAGACUGGGACGCGGUUUUACCGCUCGUUCUGUCAGAGAUAGAUGGGUGAAUAUACGUAGCACAUUUAACCACAACUUAAGGCGAGUUGAUAAGUCUAGAGAAACAGCUCAAUCAGCUUCGGAGGUGUAUGUUCCUUGCUGGCCAUUGUGGAAACCUCUGCAAUUCCUCCGAGAGGCCACCUUAAAAGAUGUUGUUAAUUAUGAUUACACCAUGCAUGAAGACUUCAAAGAUCUAACAUCAAAUAUAGAAGUUAAACAAGAAACAACGAUGGAAUAUGACGUGGACCUUGUUGGUAUCAGACAGCGUGGGCAAAGAACGGAUAGACCGCGUAAGAAAAUAAUAAAGAAAGCAGACAAAACUAAUAAUUGUAUACAGAUUCUGGAUGAUCUUGUCAAAGCUUUGAAUCCUUUGCUUGAAAAUAAAACAGAAGGUAGUCGAUACUGGUAUUUUGGCAGGCAUGUUACUGAGCAACUUAAUGCAAUGAGAAAAAUUGAUGCUGAAUGUGCGAGUCGUGAAAUCAUGAAACUCUUAGAAAGUGGCUCUGAAGGUUGAAAUGUUAUGAUGAAUGACUUGAGGUUUG